AUGGCGUCCUCAGUCCCCUCCAACCUCCGCCCCGACGCGCCGGUCUACGUACCAUUGGCGUUUCCCAUCGGCCCGCCGCCUGUCGCGCCCGGGUUGGAGCUGUACGUUGAGGCCCUGCCGCCGCGGGGCUUCGUCCCGACGUCGUCGGCGCUUCCGUUCCUAUCUCCACCUCCGCCGCUGCCGUUCGCGGACCCGGGCUUCUGUGGGUUCCCAGCCCAGGGCCUGGGGAUGGGGAUGGGGAUGCAGGGCGCGUUCCCUCACCCGCCCUGGGCGACGCCGAUGGGGAUGGCGAUGCCGCUCGGGGCGUUGGCGAUGCCUGUUUCGCCGGCGGGGAUGCACUUUUCCCCGCACCUUCAGCAGCCCCGCAUCACUGCUGCCCCGCAGGACGGUGGCCACCGUCCCCGGAGCUCCAUGCGCAUCAGGCGUGCUCCCAGUACUAGGCGGCGGCGCCCCAGGCCCGUCGUCACGCUACGGAGGAAGGGAUCGCCGCAUCCGGAACCAACACCGUCGUCCCGCAGCACGGAGGUCAGCGGGAACGGAGGCAACGGCGUAGCGAAGGUGGAGCCGGCCAACGAGCCUUCUCCCCGCUCCGUGCUCGAUACCACGAGUCCACCCGACUCGCCGCCGGUUGUACUCCCGGCGUCUUUCCCGUACCUAGACCCGUCUCCCCCUUCGUCGCCGGCGCCCACGGGCCUCGCCCCCGGAACCGAGCCUUCCCGCCGCUCCGUUCCACCUUCCGGGAGCCCGCGCGUCCCACCGCCGCCUCGUCCCCGGAAGCCACGGCGCUUGUUCAACCCUGCUUCCAACCGAACGUCUCUAAUGAUCAGAAAUAUCCCUAAUAAUUUCACGAGGAAGAAUAUAAUGAACAUCAUCGAUCAACAUUGCGCUGAAGAAAACGCAAAAGUCACAUCGGGCGGUGGCGGCGUCAAGUCGGAAUACGACUUCCUCUACGUGCCGAUCGACUUCCGUACCAAAUUCAACAAGGGCUACGCCUUUGUGAACGUUACAACGCCGGACGCGGCGCACCGGCUUUGGGCGCACCUGCACAGACACCGCUGGACGGUCGGGGCUUGCCAGAAAAUCUGUGAGGUGGACCUUGCCGUCAUCCAGGGACGGCAUAAGUUGGUGGAACAUUUCUCCGGGUCGCGCUUCGACUGUGACACCGAGGACUUCCUGCCGGUGUGGUUCCAGCCGCCGCGGGACGGCACCCGCCCGACCGUGGGCGUGCAGCACGUCGUGGGCAACCUCGCUCGCCGCUUGUGA